UAAAAUGAAGGGAUCAGUUCCCACGGAACCAGCUUAUUCAUCCAUUCAAACACUAGAAGAUAUGGAAGACUUAAAGACACAAAGCUCUGUAGAAUUUGCAGUCAUGUCAGGAAGACCACAUUGACUCUCAGUCAAACAUGCUGUUUGACUGCCUGGCCUGUUAGCGUGGACCUGAGCCUGAGGACCCUAGAGAGGGUUGCCGAUGAGCAUGACCAGUACCCGCUGCAAGCUCGCCCACCAUCUGGAAGACCUGGAGGAUGCAGACCUUAAGAAAUUCAAAAUGCAUUUAGAAGAUUACCCUCCAGGGGAGGGCUGCAUUGCCCUCCCCAGGGGCCAGCUCGAGAAGGCAGACCAUGUGGACCUGGCCACACUCAUGAUUGCCUUCAAUGGGGAAGAGAAAGCCUGGGCCAUGGCUGUGAGGAUAUUUGCUGAAAUCAACAGGAGAGACCUACAUGAGAAAGCUAAGAGAGAUCAGCUAGAGUGGGAUAAUACACAUGAUUCCAGUCUCACUGUGGUGUGCCAAGAAGACAGUAUUGAAGAGGAGUGGAUGGGUUUACUGGGGUUCCUUUCCAGAAUCUCAGCUUGUAAGAAAAAGAAAGAUUACUGUAAGAAGUACAGAAGACAUGUGAGAAGUAGAUUCCACUGUAUUGAAGAUAGGAAUGCACGUCUAGGUGAGAGUGUGAAUCUCAAUAAACGUUACACGCGGCUGCAGCUGGUCAAGGAGCACCCAAGCCAGCAGGAGAGGGAGCAUGAGCUGCUGGCCAUUGGCAGGACCAAGAUAUGGGACAGCCCCAUGAGUCCUAUUAAGCUGGAAUCGCUGUUUGAUCCCGAUGAUGAACACUCUGAGCCCGUGCACACGGUGGUAUUCCAGGGAGCGGCAGGCAUUGGGAAGACAAUACUGGCCAGGAAGAUUAUGCUGGACUGGGCAUCAGGGAAGCUGUUCCAAGAUAAGUUUGACUAUUUAUUCUACAUCCACUGUCGCGAGGUGAGCCUUGUGAUGUCGAGGAGCCUGGGGGACCUGAUUGUCAGCUGUUGCCCUGACCCCAACCCACCCUUGUGCAAGAUCAUGCACAAGCCCUCCAGGGUCCUCUUCCUCAUGGAUGGUUUUGACGAGCUCCAGGGUGCCUUUGAUGAGCACAUAGGAGCGCUCUGCACAGACUGGCAGAAGGCUGAGAGGGGGGACAUUCUCCUGAGCAGCCUCAUCAGAAAGAAGCUGCUGCCUGAGGCCUCUCUGCUCAUCACUACGAGACCAGUGGCCCUGGAGAAGCUGCAGCACCUGCUGGACCACCCACGUCACAUAGAGAUCCUGGGUUUCUCUGAAGCCAAAAGGAGGGAGUAUUUCUUCAAGUAUUUCUCAGAUGAGGCACAGGCCAGUGAGGCCUUCAGGCUGAUCCAGGAGAAUGAGGUCCUCUUCACCAUGUGCUUCAUCCCCUUGGUGUGCUGGAUUGUGUGUACAGGGCUAAUGCAGCAGAUGCAGAGUGGCAAGAGCCUCGCUCAGACCUCUAAGACCACCACUGCAGUCUAUGUCUUUUUCCUGUCCAGUCUCUUGCAGUCCCGAGGAAUGGGCCAAGAGCCCCACCUCCAUGCCAACCUCCGUGGGCUCUGCUCUUUGGCUGCUGAUGGAAUCUGGAACCAGAAAAUUUUAUUUGAGGAAUGUGACCUCAGGAAUCACGGCCUGCAGAAGGUGGAUGUGUCUGCUUUCCUGAGGAUGAACGUGUUCCAGAAGGAAGUGGACUGUGAGAAAUUCUACAGCUUUAUUCACAUGACUUUCCAGGAGUUCUUUGCUGCUAUGUACUAUUUGCUGGAAGAGGAAGAAGACAAUGUGAUGACAAGGAGCAAGUCCAGGAGUUGUUCAGAGCUUCCAAACCGAGAUGUGGCGGUGCUCCUGGAAAACUAUGGCAAAUUCGAAAAGGGAUAUCUGAUCUUUGUGGUCCGCUUCCUUUUUGGCCUUGUAAAUCAGGAGAGAACCUCUUAUUUGGAGAGGAAAUUAAGUUGUAAGAUCUCCCAGCAAAUCAGACUGGAGCUGCUGAAAUGGAUUGAAGCAAAAGCCAAGGCCAAGAAGCUGCAGAUGCAGCCCAGCCAGCUGGAGCUGUUCUAUUGCCUGUAUGAGAUGCAGGAGGAGGACUUUGUGAGAAGGGCCAUGGACCACUUCCCCAAAAUUGAGGUCAAUCUCUCCACCAGAAUGGACCACAUGGUUUCUUCAUUUUGCAUUGAGAACUGUCACAGAGUAGAAACACUUUCCCUGGGCUUUCUCCAUAACUCGCCCAAGGAGGAAGAAGAGGAGGAGGAAGACAGUCCACACGCGGGCAUGGCCCGCUGUGCCCUCCAAGGCCCUCGCGAUACCAGCGCUCACACAGUGGUGAACUGCUGUCUAACGUCCAGCUUUUGUCGGGGCCUCUUCUCCGUUCUGGGCAGUAACACGAGUCUAACUGAGCUAGACCUAAGCGACAAUGUGCUGGGGGACCCAGGGAUGAGGGUGUUGUGCGAAACACUCCAGAAUCCUGGCUGUAACAUUCGGAGACUGUGGUUGGGACGCUGCGGCCUUUCCCAUCAGUGCUGUUUUGACAUCUCCUCAGUCUUGAGCAGCAACCAGAAGCUGAUAGAAUUGGACCUGAGUGACAAUGCCCUGGGAGACUUUGGAAUCAGACUCUUGUGUGUGGGGCUGAAGCAUCUAUCCUGCAAUCUGAAGAAACUCUGGUUGGUCAGUUGCUGCCUCACAUCGGCCUGUUGUCAGGAUCUGGCGACCGUCCUCAGCACCAGCUGCUCCCUGACCAGACUUUAUGUUGGGGAAAAUGCCUUGGGAGAUUUGGGAGUUGGAAUUUUAUGUGAAAAGGUGAAGCAUCCGCAAUGUAACUUGCAGAAACUGGGGUUGGUGAAUUCUGGCCUUACAUCAGCUUGCUGUGCAGCUCUGUCUUCUGCACUCCAAGCUAACCACAGCCUCACACACCUUUACCUUCGAGGCAACGCCCUUGGAGACGGAGGGCUCAAGCUACUGUGUGAAGGGCUCUUGCACCCUGACUGCAAGCUUCAGAUGUUGGAAUUAGACAACUGCAGCCUCACUUCACACAGCUGCUGGGAUCUUUCUACAAUCCUGACCUCCAAUAGGAGCCUCCGAAAGCUGAGCCUAGGCAAUAAUGACCUUGGAGAUCUGGGGGUCAUAAUGCUCUGUGAGGUCCUGAAACAGCAGGGCUGCCUCUUGCAGAGCUUGCAGUUGUGUGAAAUGUAUUUCAAUUAUGAGACAAAGCGUGCCUUAGAAGCACUUCAGGAAGAAAAGCCAGAGUUGACCCUUGUCUUUGAGCCUUCUUGGUAGGCAUGGAUGGAGACGUGCAGUUGCUAGUAUUUCUUGGAUACAAGCCUGAGGUGGGGUGAGCCCCUCUCCAUUGGUUCUCUUGGCCCAGUGUCACAACACAAAGGCUUACUGAUGGUGCCUUGUAUGGGGCACUUAGAGGCCUCCUUGACUCCUGGGUAAAGACACCGGGGAUGGAAAUGCACCCAGAUCUGCAGCUGGAAGGUGCUCAUUCUUGGUGACCUCAUGUAACUAACUUACUCAGCAGAACACCUUUCCCACUCUUUACUCUCUCCGUCUCUUCUCCCUUCUUUAUUUACUGCACGCAUCUCACUCUGGCUACCUACUAACUGACCAUAAUACGGAGCUAGGUUGUGUGGCAGCUACUUAUUUAUUUAAAAAUUUUUGUAACAAUUAUAUUGUUGAACAAAAAAUAAUGGAUGCUUAUUUUAGCUACUUACAAAUUUGAGAAUACAUAAACAUCUCUUGUAUUUAUCAAGGUAAAUUAUUUCCUUAAAUAAAAAUGCCUACAAAC